CAAAAAUCAUUACAAUAAAAAAUAUAACGAAAUAAAAAAAAGCAAAAAAUGAGUACCAAUUAUUACUCAUUAAAACAAAACACGUAUACAUAAAGGCGGGGGGUUCUUCAUUUUGUUUCCUGAUCAAAACUAUACAGAUCUUUCUUUAAACCUUCCUGCAAAUUUUAAUGGCGGAAUCGGUAGAAUUGCCUGGUCGUUUAGGAAUUCUUGCUUUUAGAAACAAAGUGUUGUUGCCUGGUGCUAUUAUUCGUAUUCGUUGCACUUCUCCUACCAGUGUAAAAUUGGUGGAGCAAGAGUUAUGGCAGAGGGAAGAAAAAGGGUUGAUUGGAAUUGUACCUGUUCGUGAUGCUGCUGAAUCUGCAUCAGUAGCACCUGUGCUUUAUCCAGGUGGAGGGACAGAUUCCGGGGAGCGCAGUUUGAAAAAUCAGUCUUAUUUGGAAGAUACUCGAAAAGCAGAUGGGAUCAGUCAACAAGAGCCUCAAUGGCACAGCAGGGGAGUAGCUGCUCGAGCCUUACACCUGUCUAGAGGAGUGGAGAAACCAAGUGGAAGGGUUACUUACACCGUAGUCCUUGAAGGCUUGUGCAGAUUUAGUGUGCUGGAACUUAAUACCAGAGGCACUUAUUAUACUGCAAAAAUUUCCGCACUUGACAUUACAAAAGCUGAUAUGGAGCAAGCAGAGCAAGAUCCUGAUUUUGUCUCAUUAGCGCGCCAGUUCAAAGUGACUGCCAUGGAGCUCAUCUCUGUUCUUGAGCAGAAACAAAAAACUGGUGGGAGGACAAAAGUUCUUUUGGAGACUGUUCCUGUCCACAAGCUGGCAGAUAUAUUUGUUGCGAGUUUUGAAAUAAGCUUUGAAGAGCAGUUAUGUAUGUUGGACUCUAUUGAUCUUAAACUUAGACUUUCAAAAGCAACUGAGUUGGUUGAGAGGCAUUUGCAGUCUAUUCGUGUAGCUGAGAAGAUCACACAAAAAGUUGAGGGACAAUUGUCAAAAUCACAGAGAGAAUUCCUUCUGAGACAGCAGAUGAGAGCUAUAAAAGAGGAGCUUGGAGAUAAUGAUGAUGAUGAGGACGAUGUUGCCGUUCUCGAAAGGAAAAUGCAAAGUGCUGGAAUGCCCACAAACAUAUGGAAGCAUGCACAGAGGGAGUUGAGGAGACUUAAGAAGAUGCAGCCUCAGCAACCUGGAUAUAACAGUUCACGUGUCUACCUGGAACUUCUUGCUGAUCUCCCUUGGCAGAAGGCUACCGAAGAGCAGAAACUAGAUCUCAAAGCUGCCAAAGAGCGUCUUGAUAGUGACCAUUAUGGGUUGGUCAAAGUCAAGCAACGCAUUAUUGAAUAUUUGGCUGUUCGUAAGCUUAAACCAGACGCCAGAGGUCCUGUUCUGUGUUUUGUUGGUCCACCGGGUGUUGGAAAAACAUCAUUGGCCACAUCCAUUGCUGCUGCUCUUGGCAGAAAGUUCAUACGUAUAUCCCUCGGUGGUGUGAAGGAUGAGGCUGAUAUCCGAGGGCACAGGCGGACAUACAUUGGGAGCAUGCCAGGUCGUCUUAUUGAUGGAAUAAAGAGAGUUGGUGUAUCCAAUCCAGUAAUGCUGUUAGAUGAGAUUGACAAAACGGGUUCUGAUGUUCGCGGGGAUCCUGCUGCAGCAUUGCUAGAAGUCCUUGAUCCUGAGCAGAACAAAACUUUCAAUGACCAUUAUUUGAAUGUUCCCUAUGAUCUAUCCAAAAUCAUUUUUGUGGCGACUGCAAAUAAAGUGAAUCCUAUCCCUCCUCCACUUUUGGAUAGGAUGGAAGUCAUCGAACUGCCUGGGUAUACGCCUGAAGAGAAAGUCAAAAUUGCUAUGCAAUAUCUUAUACCAAGAGUUCUGGACCAACAUGGAUUGACUUCUGAGUUCCUCCGGAUUCCUGAGGAUAUGGUGGAACUCAUAAUCAAUAGAUAUACUAGAGAAGCUGGUGUACGGAAUCUGGAAAGAAAUUUGUCUGCCUUAGCUCGUGCAGCAGCUGUAAAAGUUGCUGAGCAAGAUAAUGCUACAGCAGUUAGUAAAGAUAUCCAUCAGUUUUCUUCACCAGUAGAGGAAAGCAGACUUGCUGAAGGAGCUGAAGUUGAAAUGGAGGUUAUCCCAAUGGGUGUUGACAAUAAAGAAAUUUCAAACGCGUUGCAGGUUAUAUCACCUUUGAUUGUGGAUGAAACUAUGCUUGAAAACGUUUUGGGUCCACCAAGGUACGAUGACAAAGAAACCGCAGAACGAGUUUCAAAUCCUGGGGUUUCUGUUGGACUGGUAUGGACUGCUUUUGGAGGGGAGGUUCAAUUUAUUGAGGCUACGGCAAUGGCUGGUAAGGGUCAAUUACGUCUGACUGGACAACUUGGCGAUGUCAUCAAGGAGUCGGCACAAAUAGCUCUUACAUGGGUGAGAGCAAGGGCCAUGGAGCUCGAUUUGGUUGCUACUGGUAAAAUCAAUAUAAUGGAAGAGCAGGACAUCCAUAUACAUUUUCCUGCGGGGGCCGUUCGCAAGGAUGGUCCCUCAGCUGGUGUUACAUUGGUAACAGCACUUGUAUCCUUGUUAUGUGAAAAGAGAAUGAGAGCAGAUACAGCUAUGACUGGCGAGAUGACUUUGAGGGGUCUUGUGCUUCCUGUGGGUGGUAUCAAGGAUAAGGUUUUGGCGGCACAUCGAUAUGGUAUAAAGCGAGUCAUAUUGCCUGACCGUAAUUUAAAGGACUUGGUUGAAGUACCAGCAUCAGUUCUUUCUAGUCUUGAGAUAAUAUACGCCAAACGGAUGGAAGAUGUAUUAGAACAUGCUUUUGAAGGUGGUUGUCCGUGGAGACAGCGUGCAAGGCUAUGAUAGAAGCUGAAGCUUACGCUUUUGGCAAAUCUAUGAAUUCGAGUCUAAGCAGAAGGCUGUGAACUUUAUGCGUGGUUUUGUAUGAAUAUGGAAGACUUUUUCGGAAGUGUUACCCGUUGUGCGUAUGUGAGAUGAUGAGGCAGGCGCAGGCCAUUUCUUCUGCUAUAUACUUGUAUGAUCUUGGAAGAUGAAUUGGUGUUGUAACAUGUACAGAAGCUUCCACUUGAUACUUUGUUGUGCUUAUAUUAUAGGAGGCAACUUUGAUUAAUGAAGUUCAAAAAUCAUAUUGUAAAGUUUUAUGUAAGCUACAUUUGGCAACUUUGAUUAAUGAAGUUCAUACACACUUUGCAUAUUUAAAUGGA